UCCGGGCUGGUGAGGCUUUAGUCCUCUAACGUCACCAGAAGCUCGUACCUGCGCCACACCUGAGCUGGAACGCGCCGCUUUACUCUGCGUUGUGCGCAUGCGCGGUUCUCUCUCAACUGCUCCACUGACAUGGCGGAGGCGAGGAGGAGAGAGCAGGAGAGUGAAGCUGAUCGAUGACAUUAUCGGGACUUUACCUCAUCGAACAAGCACCGCGACGACUCCAGUCGACCCGUAAGGACCUCACGAGUCGCGGCGGGACCCCUUUUGCCGACCCGGACCCUUUUUACCCGUUUAUAUUCCUGUCUGACUGUUUCUCAGCCUGUCUGAGGGGAUUUUAAGUUAGCAAGUUUCUUCUUCGCUUUGGCUGUGGAGCCCGAGAUACAGUUCCGCUGGUCCUGUAAACGUCGAAAAAACGAGAUAAAAUACUAAUAUUUGUGGGAAAUUUGUGGUUAAAAGUUGGCAAAUUGUUAGCAUUCGGCUAAAGUUGGAGCGGGGCGCGCGGGCGCUUGAUGACAGCUCGUUCAUUUGUUCGGUCGCUUGUGGUGAACGCGCGCGUUGAAUGACACGCAGCAGGGAAAGUGAGGAACGUGAUUAAAGGAACGUGUAAGAAAGUAAAUAAAAUAAAGUAAAACAGAUUGGGAGCACGCCCGUCUUGCUGUGGAUGGUUAUCGCAGACGUCUGUCAUCGUAACCGGAGCCACAGCCGUUGCGGUUGGGGUCGGGGCACCGGCUGAACAGAACAGGUGCCUCACCUGUUGGAGAGCGUACGAGAAAGAGACACACACCUGGCCCAACUGAGUCAUGGCGAGUGAAGACGGGAGCGCGCAGCUCGCACCCGCCAUACCUAUCAGGGGCAUCCGGAUGAAAUUCGCUGUGCUUUUGGGCCUGGUGCAGGCUGGAGAAGUUUCAAGUCGGGACAUCGUAGAGACCGUGUUCAACCUGUUGGUUGGAGGUCAGUUUGAUCUAGAGAUGAACUUCAUCAUCCAGGAGGCGGAGAGUAUAGUGUGCAUGGUGGAGCUGCUGGAUAAGUGUGAGGGAACAUGUCAGGCUGAAGUAUGGAGUAUCUUCACCGCUGUGCUGAAGAAGAGCGUGAGGAACCUGCAGGCCUGCACAGAUGUGAGACUGAUACAGCUUGUCCUAGAGCGCAUAGACAACACUGACAGCAUGAUUGCAGAUCUGCUGGUGGAUAUGCUCGGUGUUUUGGCGAGUUACAGUAUCACAGUGAAGGAACUGAAGCUGUUUUUCAGUAAACUGCAGGGAGAGAAAGGACAAUGGCCACCCCAUGCAGUGAAGUUGCUGUCCGUGCUGAAGUCCAUGGCUCACCGAACCGGACCUGAUGCCUUCUUCACUUUCCCAGGGAAAAGUGCUGCGGCCAUUGCACUGCCACCCAUUGCAAAGUGGCCAUACCAGAAUGGCUUCACCUUCCACACCUGGUUGCGUAUGGACCCCAUCAACAAUAUCAAUGUGGAUAAAGACAAACCCUACCUGUACUGUUUCCGUACCAGUAAAGGCCUGGGUUACUCUGCACACUUUGUGGCUGGCUGUCUGAUCGUGACGUCAUUAAAGUCCAAAGGAAAGGGCUUCCAGCACUGCGUCAAAUAUGACUUCAAACCACAGAAGUGGUACAUGGUGACCAUAGUGCACAUCUACAAUCGCUGGAAGAACAGUGAAAUUAGCUGCUAUGUUAAUGGUGAACUGGCUUCCUAUGGAGAAAUGACCUGGUUUGUCAACACAAGUGACACAUAUGAUAAGUGCUUCCUUGGCUCAUCGGAGACGGCGGAUGCUAACCGGGUUUUCUGUGGCCAGAUGGGGGCGGUGUAUCUGUUCAGUGAAGCACUCAGUGCAGCCCAGAUCCUUGCUAUCUAUCAGCUCGGCCUUGGGUACAAGGGAACGUUUAAGUAUAAGGCUGAGAGUGACCUGCUGUUUGCGGAGCAUCAUAAAACCCUGUUGUAUGAUGGCAAACUGUCUGGCUGCAUCGCUUUCACCUACAACCCCAGAGCUACAGAUGCUCAGCUUUGUUUAGAGUCGUCUCCUAAGGACAACAUGUCCAUCUUUGUCCAUUCACCACAUGCUCUAAUGCUGCAGGAUGUGAAGGCUGUAGUGACUCACUCUGUUCAAAGUGCAAUUCACUCAAUUGGAGGCGUGCAGGUGCUGUUCCCUCUCUUCACACAGCUGGACUUCACUCAGCACACCAGUGAAGAACUCGACACAUCUGUAUGCUACACACUGCUGUCGUUUAUAAUGGAGCUGCUAAAGAACUCUGUGGCGAUGCAGGAGCAGGUGCUGGCCUUUAAGGGCUUCCUGGUCAUUGGAUACUCUCUUGAGAAGUCUUCCAAAGAUCAUGUGACAAGACCAGUACUGGACAUCUUCUUGGCCUUUGCUCGUUAUCUUAGCAACCUGCCAAAUGGUGUCUUGCUGCUGAAACAGCUGUGUGAUCAUGUUCUGUUCAAUCCUGCCAUAUGGAUCCAUGCACCAGCAAAGGUGCAGCUGACUUUGUACACCUAUCUGGCCACUGAGUUCAUCAGUACAGUGACCAUCUAUAAUGCAGUGCGUAGAGUGGGCACAGUGCUGCAGGUCAUGCACACUCUCAAAUUCUACUACUGGGUGGUGAACCCUCAGGAUCGCAGUGGAGUCACUCCCAAAGGCCUGGAUGGUCAGAGGCCCAGUCAGAAGGAAAUCCACUCUGUCAGAGCUUUUCUGCUGCUGUUUGUCAAACAGCUCAUUAUGAAGGACUUUGGGGUAAAGGAGGAUGAGCUACAAAGUAUUCUCAACUACCUGCUCACGAUGCAUGAGGAUGACAAUCUGAUGGAUGUUCUCCAGCUGCUGGUGGCUCUGAUGUCAGAGCAUCCAAGCUCUAUGGUCCAAGCCUUUGAUCAGCGCAACGGCAUCCGAGUGAUAUAUAAGCUGCUGGCGUCCAAAAGUGAAGGAAUUCGAGUGCAGGCACUCAAAGUGAUGGGCUACUUUCUUCGACAUUUACCACCAAAGAGGAAGUCAGAGGUCAUGCUGGGCCACGGCCUUUUUUCUCUACUGACCGAACGCCUGAUGCUCCAUUCCAGCCAGUUCUCCAUGACUACUUACAAUGUCCUGUUUGAGAUUCUUACGGAGCAAAUCUGCACGCAAGUCAUCCACAAACAGCACCCUGACCCCGACUCCACUGUGAAGAUUCAGAACCCACAGAUCCUGAAGGUUAUUGCAGCUCUGCUGAAGAAUGCUCCAGCAGGACCUGAGACUAUGGAGGUGCGACGAGUUUUCCUCUCCGACAUGAUCAAACUGUUCAACAACAGCAGAGAAAACAGGAGGAGUCUGCUGCAGUGUUCUGUAUGGCAGGAGUGGAUGUUGUCUCUGUGUUUUAUAAACCCCAAGAGCUGCGAAGAGCAGAAGAUCACCGAGAUGGUUUACGCCAUCUUCCGGAUCCUUCUCUAUCACGCCAUUAAGUACGAGUGGGGAGGCUGGCGCGUGUGGGUCGACACUCUCUCCAUCACACACUCCAAGGUCACCUUCGAGCAGCACAAAGAAAACCUGUCCAGAAUGUUCCGGGAGUAUCAGCGCAUGGGUUCGGAGGGAGAAUCUGGGACCAGAAUAAGAACCAUUUCUGAAGCCAGCAGGGACUCUGAGCUCCAGGCGGGCACUAAUGGAGAACUUCCUGUAGAAUCUGCUCCAUCUACAGUCAUUGAGCUGAAUGUAGAGAAACAGCAUAUAUCCAAAGAAAUAGAGGAACCAGACAGAUUGCAGGCAUCCAUCACAGUAUCCAACAUUUUAGCCAGGGCUGAAGAAGAGGAUGCAAAGGAAGAAGAGCAGAAGAAAGAGGAGGAGGAAAAAACAAUGGAGCUAGUGGAACUGUCAAAUCAGAAAGAGGCUGAAGGUGAACCAGAAGCAUUAAAGGAGUUAGCAAGAGAUGGUGAGGUGAAGAAUGUUGAAGUUGAAGCUGAAGUAAAUGAUGCAGGAACUGAUGGAGAGAUUGCAGAAGCUGACAGUACAAAAGAGGCUGUUGCUGCUACGAAGACGGACAGCAAUGAUGGUAUAAAAAAUGCUGAAGAAGUCAACAAAGGCAAGGCUGAAAUAGAUGACUUCCAUAGCAGAGAAACCAAAGGUGAAAAGCCAGAAACUGACAAGGAACCUGGACAGGAACCCAAUGCUGAGAACAUCUCAGAAGAUGAUGAUAAAAUAAAAAGUGCUGAAGAAGAUAAAGAAAAAGGUUUAGUUGAGGACUGUUUGGAUAUAGCUGAAGUAAGUGAAGCAGUAAAAAAACCUGAAAAAAGUGAGAUUAGAAAAGAAGAUGCAGUAGAAACCAGCACGGCUGGUGUAUCUGCAGUUUACAAUGAAGAUUUAGUGGAUGUUUCUUCCUCCAGUGAAGUAGUCAAGGCCAGUGAUGACAGCAUGGAAGAGUCCUCUUAUGUUUCAGCAGUGGCCACCCCAGGAGAGGAAGAUGAUGGAGAUGAUGAAGAUGAAGGUAAUGAGAAUAAAAGGAAAAAGGCAGCAAAGUAUAAAGCUGAAAAAGAAGAGACGCCAGAAGAUCCCAGCACAGAGUCUGCAGAGACACAAGAAGCAGCAAAAGCUCUAGUUUCUGCAGGUGAGACAAAUCAGGGCCCCAGCACGGAGGUGAUCCCUGCGGCAUCAGAUGCUCAGAAAUCUGGCGAAGAUCAGGCAGAGAGUUCAAGCACUAAGACCAAAGACAUAAAGAUUGCCAGACUGGACGUGUCCAGCGUAGCCAUCGACACCGAGAGACUGGAGCUGAAGGGAACCACAACCACGGAUGGUACUCAGGCCCAAGCAGCGGUAGCCGGGCCCUCAGUCCCGGGCAGAGAAAGCUCCACUUCCUCCUCCACUCGCUCCACCAUGUUCCGCAUCCCAGAAUUCAAGUGGUCUCACAUGCACCAGCGCCUGCUAACUGAUCUGCUUUUUUCCAUAGAGACGGACGUCCAGAUGUGGAGGAGCCACUCCACUAAGACGGUGAUGGAUUUUGUGAACAGCAGCGAGAAUGUGGUGUUUGUUCAUAACACUAUACACCUGGUCUCUCAGGUGGUGGAUAAUCUGAUAAUGGCGUGUGGAGGAAUUCUGCCUCUACUGUCUGCAGCUACGUCCUCCACGCAUGAGCUGGAGAGUAUAGAGGCGUCUCAGGGUUUGGCAGUAGAAGCGUCUCUGGCGUUCCUGCAGCGUUUGAUCAGCCUGGUGGACGUUCUGAUCUUUGCCAGCUCACUGAGCUUCACUGAAAUCGAGGCUGAGAAGAACAUGUCCUCAGGAGGAGUCCUCAGACAAUGUCUACGGCUAGUUUGUGCGAUGGCAGUGAGGAAUUGCCUGGAGUGUCAGCAGCAGCAUGCUCACUGUAAAGCUGGAAUCGAGAGACAAAAAUCACAGCAAAGCAUUCUGGGAACCACCAAAUUCAUGCCGGCACAGAGUCCUGUAGACAUGGUGACUGGAGGAGUGUCUCCUAUAAGGGAUGUGGACCGGCUUCUGCAGGACAUGGACAUUAACCGCCUCAGAGCAGUGGUCUUCAGAGACAUUGAGGACAGUAAACAGGCUCAGUUUCUGGCCCUGGCUGUAGUUUACUUCAUCUCUGUGCUAAUGGUGUCCAAAUACAGAGAUAUUCUGGAGCCUCACAACGAUAAGAGAGUCAGCAACCAGCGCUCGCAUUCAACACGAAGCACAGAGAGUGUCACCUCUGACCUGGAGAAUGAAGUUUCUGUCUGUCGCAAAGACUCUGCUGUUGCAGACGAGCGCACUGCCGUCACCCCUGGCAACUCUGAAUCACGAAGCGCACCAGACGCGGUGUCUGAGGCCCUGUCUACCUUGUCUUCAGAGGUCAGGAGACGACAAGAGGUCACUGACAAGGACGGUAAGGGUAAGAACGUGAAGGAUAUCCUGAGGAGCCUGGUGAGCGCACCUGCUGAUGACAUCAUGGUAGAUCCCAGCCUGCUGCCCCCUGCAUUUCUGGGCACUGUGGGGGAUGCUGCCCAUGACCAGAGUAUCCAGUUCCGCUCAUUUGACAGAAGUGUUGUUGUGGCACCUAAGAAAGGAGGAGUGCCAUCACCUGCUUCAAGCUCCGUCUCAAGCUCUGCUGUCGUCCAGUCAGCUGCCACUGUGCCUGCAGGUGGAAUGCCAGUAAACAGUGUGUCAGUGGUGUCUGAAGGUGACUCCGCCCACAGCAUUACUGUUGAAGCUACUGCUGGCGGAGCAGCAGCCAACCUACCAUCUGUUCCAGCCCUCUCCCCAACCACGCACUCCACUACCCCCAACAUGAGUAUCUCAGAGAGGUUGGAGCAUGCUCUAGAGAAGGCUGCUCCGUUACUGAGGGAGAUCUUUGUGGACUUUGCUCCGUUCCUGUCCCGAACUUUACUGGGGAGCCACGGCCAGGAACUGCUCAUUGAGGGAACUAGUUUGGUGUGUAUGAAGUCUAGCAGCUCUGUAGUGGAACUGGUCAUGCUACUGUGUUCUCAGGAAUGGCAGAACUCCAUUCAGAAGAAUGCUGGUCUAGCCUUCAUUGAGCUUGUAAACGAGGGCAGGCUGCUGAGUCAUACUAUGAAGGACCACCUGGUGCGUGUGGCGAAUGAAGCAGAGUUUAUACUGAGCAGGCAAAGAGCUGAAGACAUCCAUAAGCAUGCAGAAUUUGAGUCUCAGUGUGCUCAAUAUUCUGCUGAUAAACGUGAUGAGGAGAAGAUGUGUGAUCACCUGAUCAGAGCAGCAAAGUACAGAGAUCAUGUGACUGCCACCCAGCUGAUCCAGAAAAUCAUCAACAUCCUGACAGACAAACACGGAGCGUGGGGCAGCUCCUCCUACAGGCCACAAUGUUUCUGGCGGUUAGAUUAUUGGGAGGACGACCUGAGGAGGCGCCGACGCUUUAUCAGAAACCUGUUUGGAUCUUCACACUCGGAGGCUACGCUUAAAGCAGCGGCUGACAGUGUGCGCGAUGCUGCAGGUGGAGAGGGGGCGCUGUUGGGAGUUCCCACUGCUCCGGUCCGUGUUCAGUCCACAGAUGCUGCCUCUCUGCAGGACGAUGAUGACACACUAUCAGCGCUGGAGGAUAAAGAACCAGAACCUGUCACAGGCCCUGUUAGUCUGAGUGCAAGCGCUCAGCUUCUCGCGCCUGGAGUCUGUGUGCGGGGCUCGCUCUCCAUUACCAGCUCAGAGCUCUACUUCGAGGUGGACGAGGAGGACGCCAGCUACACACAAGCUGACCCAAAGAUUCUGGCAUAUACAGAGGGUCUACAUGGUAAAUGGCUGUUUACAGAGAUUCGGGCGAUUUUCUCUAGGCGCUAUCUGUUGCAGAACACGUCGCUGGAGAUCUUCAUGGCCAACAGGACUGCAGUGAUGUUUAACUUCAUGGAUGCAGCAACGGUGAAGAAGGUGGUCCACUGCUUGCCCAGAGUUGGAGUGGGCACUAAUUAUGGUCUUCCACAGACCAGGAGGAUCUCUCUGGCCAGUCCUAAACAGCUGUUUAAAGCCUCUAACAUGACUCAACGCUGGCAGAGACGAGAAAUCUCAAACUUUGAGUACCUCAUCUUCCUCAACACCAUCUCAGGUCGAACAUACAAUGAUCUGAAUCAGUACCCUGUGUUCCCCUGGGUCAUCACCAACUAUGACACUGAGGACCUGGACCUGACACUGCCCAGCAACUACAGAGACCUGUCCAAGCCAAUUGGUGCCCUGAACCCGAAGCGAGCAGCCUUCUUUUCUGAUCGCUAUGAAUCAUGGGAAGAUGAACAGGUGCCCAAAUUCCACUAUGGCACACACUACUCCACUGCUAGCUUCACCAUGAUGUGGCUGCUGAGGAUUGAGCCGUUCACAACCCUUUUCCUGAAUUUCCAAGGGGGAAAGUUUGACCAUGCUGACCGGACAUUCUCCUCCGUCUCUAGAGCCUGGAGGAACUGCCAGAGGGACACGUCUGAUGUGAAGGAGUUGAUUCCUGAGUUUUUCUACCUGCCGGAGAUGUUUGUUAACUCUAAUAACUAUAACCUGGGGGUGAUGGAUGAUGGGACAGUGGUGUCUGAUGUGGAACUGCCACCCUGGGCCAAGAGUCCGGAGGAGUUCAUCCGCAUCAACAGACUGGCUCUGGAGAGUGAGUUUGUAUCCUGUCAGCUGCACCAGUGGAUCGAUCUGAUAUUCGGCUAUAAGCAACAGGGUCCCGAGGCAGUUAGAGCGCUCAACGUCUUCUACUACCUCACCUACGAGGGAGCAGUCAACCUCAGCAGCAUCACUGACCCCAUGCUCAGAGAGGCUGUAGAGUCUCAGAUCAGGAGUUUUGGUCAGACUCCAUGCCAGCUCCUGAUCGAGCCUCACCCACCACGAAGCUCCGCUAUGCAGGUGACUCCACUGAUGUUUACGGAUCAGAUGCAGCAGGAUGUAAUCAUGGUGCUGAAGUUUCCCUCCAACUCUCCGGUGGUCUGCGUAGCCGCUAACACUCAGCCUGGCCUGAACAAUCCUGCCAUCAUUACAGUCACCGCCAACCGCCUCUUUGCCGUCAAUAAGUGGCAUGGCCUCACUGGACAACAAAGCUCGUCGGCCCCAGAGCAGCAGUACCAGCUGCCGGUGGAGAUUGACCCUCUGAUUGGGAGUAAUGUAGGUACUCACCGUAGACAGAUAACUGACCUACUGGACCAGAGUAUCCAGGUCAGUUCACAGUGUUUCAUUAUUACCGCCGAUAACCGCUUCCUCCUGCUUGCCGGAUUCUGGGACAAGAGCUUCCGUGUCUACUCCACUGACACUGGUAAACUGGUGCAGAUAGUGUUUGGUCACCUUGAUGUGGUGACAUGUUUGGUGCGGAGUGAGUCAUAUAUCGGAGGAGACUGCUAUGUGCUGUCAGGCUCCAGAGAUGCCACCCUGCUGCUGUGGUACUGGAGUGGAAAACAAUGCAGCAUCGGAGACACCCACAAUGAAUUUGUGACUCCUCGAGCAAUUCUGACCGGUCAUGACUGUGAAGUGACCUGUGCGAGUGUGUGUGCAGAGCUGGGACUGGUCAUCAGCGGCUCCAAAGAGGGUCCAUGUCUGAUUCACUCUAUGAACGGAGAGCUGUUGCGGACGUUGGAGGGUCCUGAGGGCUGCGUGAGGCCACGCCUCCUGCAGGCCUCCACUGAGGGUCACUGUGUUAUAUACUACGAACAGGGACACUUCUGCACCUACACCAUCAACGGAAAACUACUGCAGCACAGAGAGCUGGAGGACAAGAUCAGGACGAUGCUGCUCAGUAAGGAUGGUCAGUAUCUCCUGUGUGGAGGAGAUGGUGGAGUUCUGUCUGUCUGGCAGGUUCAUGAUCUCAAACAGCUCUUCUCAUAUCCUGGCUGUGACGCAGCUAUCCGUUCCAUGGCCAUCUCGAACGACCAAAGAUGUAUAAUAACUGGAAUGGCUUCUGGCAGCAUUGUUCUCUUCUAUAAUGACUUUAACAGAUGGCAUCAUGAGUACCAAACCAGAUACUGAUCCUUUACCUGCAGUUACCACGGUGAACACAGCGACACAUCACUCAGAGUGGGUUGCUAGGCAACGCUGCCACGGCACUAUCGAAUACUGUACACUGAAUGUAUGCUGAAUAUUUAAAUGAGCAUAGCUAUUUUUAAAAAGGGCAUUGCUAUAUUUUGUAGAUCUUAUGAAAAUUUCAUAUCUUAGGGAGGGGUUAUGUACCUAAUGUUUUUUUUUUUUGUUUUUUUUUGGGGAGGUGACAAAAAUCUAUUUUUAGCUGUAAAAUCUAUUUUCACCUCAGCCCUCAUGCUAAAGCAGGGUCAGAGAGGUUAAUAGUUUGAAGGUAUAUAUUUACAUUAAUUACAAUCUAUUGUAUUGUGCAACAGAACACAUUUGUGUACUGCUGGGUGAGUGGGUUUUUUUUUUCUUAAUUUCAUAAUGCUGUGACCAUUUUCAGGGGGUUGAUGUAUAUGCAUGAUCUGCAAGUUUUGCCUUUAGAUCUCCCAAAAACUUGAGAAAAUAAAAUAAUGAGCAAAACUCAAGCAUUUAAAUACAAACUGCUACAUAUAACCUCCUUUGUUAUAGCUGCCUAAUCACACGCACUAUACAUUAGCAUCUGCAUUUUCAUAACAGGCUUUUCAUUACAAACAGUGUGUGUAAAUGUAUAAAUAGUAACUGCUCUCUCCAAGCUCCGAUCACAAAUGUGUUCCUUCAUGUCAACUGUUCUACAGAAAGCUGUUAAAAUCCUGUUAAAAAUUGCACUUCACCAAUGAGAAACUGUAGAACAUGAAGGUUUUAGGUGACAAAAUCUUUAUUUAGAGCGAGUUAUUCAUUCAACCUAAAGAGAACCCGAAUUGUUAGGAUUUGUAUAAUCAAGCAAACGUCAGCAUGGUGGGUAAUCUGGUGUUUUCUUCAUCCUGCCUAGUUUCAAGCUACAGUAGCUCACGGUGUAGACCAUGUCAUAACAGCUAAGUAGCAACCUUAGCUAAUUCCUUCAGAAUAAAUUCAGCCAUACCAUAGUGGUUCUUCAUGCUGACAGAGCAGGUAAAGCAGCUUACAUUCCUCUUCUGCCCACAUGUUUAAUUGUUGUUGCUGUGGGAAUAACAAUAGAUCUCACUGAUUUUUUCUUGAGCACUGAUCAACCACCACAGUAUCGUAAGAAGGCACGAUGAGAGAGGCUGUAUGUCUGCAGUGCUGAACACUGUUGUUUGUGUUCAUGUGCCUGGGUUAAAGAGUGUUUUUGGCCUUACAGUAAGCCAUGCAACAGUAUAGUAGCUAGCAAGCAAUGUAAAUCCCCUAGAGUAAUGCUGCAGUAGCUAGCAGUGCAGUCUACAAUGUUAACUUGGCUAGCCACCAACUUUCUGUUUGGAAUAUUAAUGUUUUUCUCUAAAAACAUUGAUUACAUGCCAAUUCAACAGUGCUACAGCUUCUCAUUAGGUUGAAUGGGAUUUUUACCGUUUUGUUGAGCUUCAGAACAGUAGCUACAAGAGUAUGUUUGUGGGAGGAGCCUGGUUGGUCAGUUAUCUGUAGAAUAUUAAUUAUCCUUCCAUGUCUGUGUCUGUGUUUUGAAUAAAGGGCUGAAAUCUGUAUGAAGGUUAAUAAUCAGUAAUGUUGGUUUAGGUGUUGUUCUAGUAAGAAUAAGAGCACUGUGAGGGUUAGAGUGCUUUUGGAGGAUGUGGGCUGACUCAUUUCCAAGACAUUCAUUAGUAUCAUUUGUUCUUUUUAUCUUUUUUUGUUAUUGUCUUUGAACUCCAAAUCAACCAGCUGUCCAGGCCUGUUUUUGCUGUAUCUAUAUAGUUACGCAGCUUAAACAUCAAGUGAUGUGGUUCUCGUCCGUCCAGAAAUGAGAAUAUCUGCUUCUGACUAAUAAUUUACAGCCGAAUUUACAAAUAUUGACUGAAGAAUUUAUAUUCUUAUAUAAAAAUACAUGUUUUGCAAAAAGGCUUAUAGACAAAAGGCAGCACCUGCCCCUUUUAUUAUCGGAGUUUAGAGUCAGUGCUUUUCGUAGUUUAAGGAAACGUGAGGAAACUACUGUCUGUGGUAACCAACUGCACACUACAGAUACAGCAGAUAGAGAGCAAGAUGAAAAAGAGUGAAGUGUUUGUGUUCUCCCUGAUAUUUGAUUUUCUAAUCUGUUGAGUUUGAAUGUAAUUUUCAGGACUGAUUUUGACAGUUUAAUGUCAAUUUGCACGCAACUGUUUUUGCUGCCCUCUCGUGGAAAAUUGUUGAAUUUUGAAAGGGGAAACCGGUGAACUGUAAUGAAACACUGCCUGCAGAUGACAUAUGAGAAUAAUUCCACUGUGGAGUGAGUCUGGUCUGGUCUGGAAAUGACUACUGUUUCUUCUUCAUUUGUUUGUUUAUCAUUUCUUUACCUUUUUUUUUUUUGGACUUCAUGGCAAUCAAGAGUGGAAUGUGUGUGAUGAAUUAUAAUAAAAUGGAGUUUUAUACCUGGA